AUGGCCGAUACGGAGCAAGACUACGAGGCGAUCCGGCAGGAAAACAUCCGCAAGAAUGCAGAGCUCAUGCUCAGUCUCGGUCUGAACCCCACCACGACACGCCUUCGACCGCCUUCUCCGGAGAGGAAGCCGUCUACGUCUAAACGCCGAACCAGCCGAUCGGUAACUCCAGACGAAGCGGGCGAAGCUCGCAAAUCAUCACGCAUCGCGUCGGGAAGUCGGCCUAGCUCGUAUCGCGAGAGGGACUUGCAUCCUUCGAUAUCAAGGCCGAAGGAGAAGAAGGAGAGGAUAGUGCGACAAGGUACGCGACGCAGCAGCCGAGCAGCAACCUCUUCUCGAACAAAGUACACCGACUGGGACUCGGACGAAGGGAACGACUCGGACGCAUACGUGCCGCGAUGGCGCGGCGGUAGCGUUUCUGGUCGCAACGACGACGGUCUCGACGACGACGACAGCGACGGGCCAAACAGUAGCCGCGGAUCACGCACCUUUGACCUGUCGGGUCGACCUAUCCUGCAGAAGCUCUCGAAUCCAGCUGCACCGCCGCUACCUACAAAAGGAGGCGACGAGAUCUACGAGACCGAGAUGCCACUGCCGUCUCGUGAGCAUAUCGUCGACGGAAGAGGUCGAGGAGCACUGGUCUUCGAGGAGGAGUACUCGCAGUUCCGUCCCAAUGUCACGCCAGACGAGAUGCUUCGCGAAGGCGCCUUUGGGGGAACAGCUUUCCGCGAUUACCACUCAAGAGUGCUGGGAAGGUCCAUCGACGUGGAAGCCGAGCUCGCCGAGCUUCCCGAGCACUGGCUCGAAGAUCUCGACGUGGACGACAUGCUCAGGCGCGAUCAGCUCGAGCCCUCUGUCAACAAGUUCAAGGUGAAAGCGGGCCAGUCGCUGGAAGACUGGGAGAAGGCUGGUUGGAUCCGUCCGCUCGACCCGCGCGGCUGGUUCCAGUGGUAUUACCGCUUCUUUCUCGGUCGAAGAUCGGCAGAUGACGCACGUCAGAUUGGACGAUGGCUCAAAGCGUGUGGGCCGGGAGGACGAUUCAGAAAGUCGCUGGCGGUGAAUGUGGCCUCCAAGGGUGGAGGUAGGUGGGACGAUCCGAAAGUAAAUCCGGUGGUUAGGCAGACGCUGUGGCAGUGGGGCUACGAGCUGACCGAGUCGGACUACAAAGCCUAUCUCUAG